AUGGACGAUGAUUUCUACGCGUCGUCAACGAAUGUUAGGCCUCCCUCGUCAGCUUGGCGCUCCGUCGCCUGGGGAGCUAUAACAAGCCCUAACGUCGUCCUUGCUCUACUCCUAGGACCGUUCAUUAUUGCAAUCGUAACCCGCUACUUGAGCGGACGUUCCGUUGAGGCAUCUUCUAAUGGAAAGGCAAAAAGGCCCUGGAAGCUGCCAUACUGGGUGCCCGGCGUCGGUCACGGGUUUCCCUUUUUGAUGAACCCAGUCAAAUUGAUGAGAGAAGCAGGCGACCGGAGUCCCCAUGAUAUGUUCUCUUUGAACCUUGGAGGCACCACCCAUAAUAUUAUAUCCGACCCGAGUUUGGUCAGAAGUGUGAUGGCACAACGAGAGUCCACUUUGCUAUUCAAACCAAUUGCUAUAUCAGUUGUUCGGAAAUUCUUCGGUAUUCCACCGGAGAGCGUACGGAAAUUUGACAAGGUUUGGGAUGAAAUGAAUGCCACUACCAGUUACCUAAUGAGAGAGCCUCACAUCGGGAUUAUGAUUGACCGAACCGUACAUUACCUCGAAAACCAUAUCCCCCAGAUGAUAACGUUCACGGACGCCGAUAUCGACCUGCAACCCUGGGAACGGUGGGCAAACGCCUCGUACAUUUCUUCCACCGAGACCGAGAUCAAUCUUAUGACCCUAAUGCGAGACAUGAUGGGAAAUGCCUCCGUUCCAGCGAUGUUCGGUAGCGCUUUCAUAGAAAAGUAUCCCGACAUCCUCCACGAUAUCUACGCCACCGAUGCCGGCAUGUACUUUUUCCUACUUGGAUUGCCAGCUUGGACGCCGUGGCCUGGGGUGAUAAAAGCCCAUAUUGCGCGGAGGAACGUUUGGCAAGCUCUAGAUGAACACCAGAGAGCUCUAGAUGCGCUUGCUUUAGGGAAGCCCUUUGAUUACAGCUGGGGAGAGUUGGAUGAUGUUAGUGAAUUCAUAGUGAAGAGAAAUGAGGUCCAGAGAAGAAAUGGCUUCGAGAUCAGAGAAAGGGGAGAAUUCAGUGUCCUCUGGGCACUGGUAGUAAACUCCUCACUCCUCGUCUACUGGCAACUCCUUUACAUCCUCUCCGUACCUGGCCUCGCCGACCGAAUCCGCGCUGAAAUCGCCCCAUACGUAACCGUCACCCAGGGCGCCACCAUCGGCAAAAUCUCCGAAACACCUAAACUGCACAUCUCUCACCCGGAGCUCUCCAGAAACUGUCCCCUCCUAAAAUCUACGUACUUCGAAGCUCUCCGGAUGAGCGACCAGCCAUGGUCUGUCCGACAAGUUGGACAGGAUGUUGUGAUUUCGGGGGAUAAGAAGGCUGACGAUCCGGCGACGUAUUUAUUGAAGAAGGGGGAGUAUGUUACUAUUCCGCAUGAUUUGCACAUGAAGGAUCCGAAGUAUUUUAAGUAUCCCGAGGAGUUUGAUCCUGAGCGAUUUUUGGUGACGAAGGAGGAUGGAUCGGUUGAGGCUAAUAUGGGAACCAUUCGCCCCUACGGAGGCGGUCCAUCGUGGUGCAAAGGCCGCAUUAUUGCCGAACGUGAAUGCCUCGCUCAAGUAGCGGGCAUCCUCGCAUUCUGGGACAUUACACCCGCAGAUAAGCAAGCCGGAUGGGUUAUCCCUAAGCAGAAGAAGACGGCUGCAGUUUCGCUGCCCGUGCAUGAGACGAGGGUUAGGAUCAAGCGGAGAGUCUUCGAUUGGGAGCGGUAG